AUGGCGCAGCACCGAAACCCGUGGCAGAGCAAGGCGAGAGCUGUCACCGCCUCCUCGCCCGCCGAGGAGCUGCUGAGGCCCGACUGCCCCGAGCCCGCGGGCCUGGACGCGGCCCGCGAGGGCCCCGACAGAAACUUCCGACUGAGCGAGCACCGCCAGGCCCUGGCCGCCGCCAAGCACCGAGGCCCCGCGCCGCCCCCGGGGAGCCCGGAGCCCAGCCCCGGCCCGUGGGGCGAGGAGCACCCGGCGGACAGGAGCCUCCGGGGCUGGGAGAGGGCGGGCGACCGCAGCGACCCUCCCGCCGCGGACGAGGCACGGCGGUCCGACCCGGAGGCCGAGGCGCCCCCGGCGCGGGGCGGCGAGGCCGCCCAGAGCGGCGGGGCCGAGGCGGUGAUCGUCUCCAGGUCGGAUCCCAGAGACGAGAAACUGGCCCUGUACCUGGCGGAGGUGGAGAGGCAGGACAAGUACCUGCGACAGAGGAAUAAGUACCGUUUUCACAUCAUUCCCGACGGCAACUGCCUCUACCGGGCGGUCAGCAAGACGGUGUACGGGGACCAGAGCCUGCACCGAGAGCUGAGGGAACAGACGGUGCAUUACAUCGCCGAUCAUCUUGACCACUUUAGCCCCCUGAUUGAGGGCGACGUGGGGGAGUUCAUCAUCGCUGCUGCUCAAGACGGGGCGUGGGCCGGGUACCCGGAGCUGCUGGCCAUGGGGCAGAUGCUGAAUGUGAAUAUACAUUUAACUACUGGAGGGAGGUUGGAGAGCCCCACGGUGUCUACCAUGAUUCACUAUUUGGGCCCAGAGGAUUCCCUAAGGCCUAGUAUUUGGCUCAGUUGGCUCAGUAAUGGACAUUAUGAUGCGGUGUUCGAUCACUCCUAUCCUAACCCAGAGUAUGACAGUUGGUGCAAACAGACUCAAGUGCAGAGAAAACGCGAUGAGGAACUUGCCAAAUCCAUGGCCAUAUCCCUGUCCAAAAUGUAUAUUGAACAAAAUGCAUGCUCUUGAAGUGGCUGAAAACCCACACCCUGGGAGAAUUGCAUACGUGAUUUGUGUCGGGAGAAUUAUGAACUCUAAUCAGGGUAAUAGCACUUUUAAACUUCCUAGUAGAUUUACUGUAGGUGUAAUGCCUUAAUCAUUUUUUUGAAUGUUUUCUCCUCAGAGCUGAAGGUUGCUGGGCACCUAAAUGAUGUUUCAUGAUGGCUUUCGGUGAUCCUACUGUCCUACUGCUAUUUAUAAUUUGCUGUAUAAAGUUGGCACUACUUAAUUUGCAAGCUAGUUUCUCACGGUGUAAAUUUGUUCAUUCCUGGUCAUCUGUUUUCUACACAAAUGUAUUUUUGCACAACAUUUUUAAAAAUUGGUGUACCUUCACCUAUGACGUGUGUUCCAUUUUGACAGCUUUCCAGCAUAAAUCCAGAGAAGCGCUUUACAUGAAGUUUCUUACUUUGAACAGAGUUUUGUGAUUUAGUAGUGAUUUUAUGUUGUUCACUUUGAAUUUUACGAUUCUUAGAUAAUUAUUUCGAGUGGAUAUUGAUGCGUUCGUGUUACCAGACUGAUUGGCCCAUUCCAUUUUGAUGAAAACCAGAUUUGUUGUUUUGGAAAUCAUUAUUUUUCUAGAAAUGGUAAACCUUUUAAAGAGAAACACUUAAGGGAAGGUUGUGGGAGUUUUCUUUAAGGGAUAGUACCAGCUUACUUGAAUGAAAGUCUGAUGUUUGCUGAUGGUACAGUGACAACUCUUCUUGUAGUUUGGUUGGCAUUUAGAGUAGAUUGGUGCUCUGAACUGUUUUUAUUUAUAUUUGUCAUUUUGUUAUAGAAGCAUUUUAACUUUGUGACAAGAUAAGCCUCCUGCUUUGUAUGGCUUCUCGGAUUCAACUAAGAGAUUUGAAAAACUAACAGCAUAAAUGCCUUGGAUCAACCGUGGCGGUUGUUUCACAGCAGGAGAAUACCGUCUUAAUAUUUUAUUCCUUUUAAAUUCUCUCAAAAGGCAAAAUAGGAUUGCCCUGUAUUAUGUACAAAUAAAAAUGUCUGUAAACAGAUCUUGUAUGGUUUGCUGGGUCAAACAGUGUUCCCAACCUGAAAUCUAUCUUAUUUCCACUUUAACUACUUUCAGUCCUAUUUAUUAAGUACUGCAGUUUGUACUUUUUUUAUUUUGUAACAUUUUGUGAUUUUUUUGUACAAUGCUGUAUUUGUACAAUAGAGCGAUUCUCAGCUGAUGGAAUGAAUGAAUAAAAUGUGUAAUUUUACUUU